CCUUCGCGCCCCGCCGCCUCCUGGGGUUCGGGCCGCCGCGCCUCUGCCUGCCGGACGCCGCCGGUGCGGAGGAGCGGGAGGACGGCGCCGGAAGGGGAGCCGUUUGCAGCAGGAGCCUAAGCAUGCGUCGCGGAGAAUUGUUCUUGACACUUUGGGUUCUUACAGUUAGAAGCACUUCCGGGGAAGAUUGUAUUUCACGGCUCCACGUUAAUGUGGUAGAAGGGGAACCUUUUUACCUCAAAUAUUGCUCCUCUGCUCUGAGAAGUAAGGCAGCCGCCAUAAAAUGGUACAAAAGCGACGCCCCCCAUGGGCAUGCUGAGCUGCACCUGGGCACCUCAGCCCGGAUUACUCUGCAUAAGGACGUCUUGGAGUUUUGGCCGGUGGAGUUAGAGGAUGAGGGAUCCUACUUUUGCCAGUCAGGAAAUGAUACCCAGAAAUGGAUGGUAAAAGUUAUCAGAAGAAAUAAUCAGAGCUGUUUUACUGAAAAACAAGUAAAAAGUAAAAAUGUGGGAGUUACGAAAUCUUUGCAGAUACCCUGCAAUAAUAGUUACUAUAAAGAUCGGAUCCACAGAACGUCACUGUACAAGGACUGUAUAAAGAUAGCAGAAAGCAAUCUAUUCUAUCUAAAGCCCAUACAGAAGAACGCGGAGUUUAAGGACCAGGGUUAUUACUCCUGUGUAUUUUCUCUUCAUCAUAACGGGAAACUGUACAACAUCACCGAAACCCUCAAUAUAACAAUAGUUGAAGAUCGCAGUAAUGUCAUUCCAGUUAUUCUUGGGCCAAAGUUGACUUCAGUUGAAGUGGAAUUAGGAGAAGAUGUAGAACUCAACUGCUCUGCUUUGGUGAAUGAAAAGGACUAUUUUUAUUGGAGCUUCUGGAAAGAAAAUGGACCAGAUCCUAAUGUGCUCGAAGACAACAAAAGCAACUCUUGGACUUUAGAAGGCAAAACAUAUGCUUCAAAAAUACUGAGAAUUCAGAAAAUUAAUGAAAACAAUCUAAAUUUUUUAUACAAUUGUACUGUGACCAACGCCAGAAGCAUAGACACCAAAAGCUUCAUCUUGUUGAGGAAAGCAGGCACGGCUGAUAUCCCGGGCCACGUCUUCACUGGAGGGAUGAUCGCAGCCACUGUGGUCUCCGUGGCAGUCCUGUGCCUGGGGGUCGUGUGUGUCAUUUGUAGAGUGGACCUGGUUCUGUGUUACAGACACUGGAUGGGAAGCGACGAGACAUUGACAGAUGGCAAGACGUACGACGCAUUUGUGUCCUACCUGAGAGAGUGUGGGCUGGAAGAUGGGGAGGCGUACACCUUCGCUGUGGAGACUCUGCCCGCAGCGCUGGAGAAACACUUCGGGUAUAAGCUGUGCAUAUUCGAGAGGGAUGUUGAGCCCGGAGGAGCUGCUGUCGAUGACCUCCAUUCACUGAUCAGGAAAAGCCGACGGCUGAUCAUUGUCCUCAGUAAAAGUUACAUGUCUCAUGAAGUCAGGUACGAACUUGAGAGCGGACUCCACGAAGCACUGGUGGAGAGGAAAAUUAAAAUAAUCUUAAUUCAGUUUGCACCUGUUGAGGACAUCACGUUCUGGCCGCAAUCUCUAAAGCUUUUGAAAUCACACAGAGUUCUCAAGUGGCAGGGUGAUGAGUCUCUUUCCUACGACUCGCGGUUCUGGAAAACGCUUCUUUAUUUAAUGCCUGCAAAAGCACUCAAGCCAGAUGGGGGUGGAUCAGAGGUCUUGCCUGUUCUUGCUGAAGCAUCUUGAGGUUUAGAACGGCUGCGUGACACAAAGACUUCUAGUGAUCCUGGAGACUGAGUGUGCGCGCUGGUUCAAAGCAGACUCUGAAACAUUGGACGCUUUACAAAUCCCACUUGCUUUCUGAAGAUGGGAUUUGUCAUUGGCUCAUCAGGAAUGAGACUGAAUCUUGAGCUGGCCCUAAGCUUCCAGAAGACCCUGGAAUUCAAGAGAGCUGCAGCUGGCCCUUCGCCCUGGCAGCUGCUUGCACAGAUCCUGUGGUCAGCAAGUACGAUGCUGGGUCCCGGGCAGACAGACUGUGCGGGACAACGGGGCACCACGCUGAGAGCAUCCGGGCUAUUGGUCUGGGGGACUUUAAAUGCAGCAGGAAGGAUUCUCCACGAACCGGUGGGUGGCAGUCCUCGGAAUGCUGCCUUACCUACCCUGGCCACCUUGGGUCCUGGUGGGAUGGCGAGGAGGAGUGGGUGGGGCUGCGGCUGGGGGUGCAGGAGUUGUGGGGCUGAGCAGGGUGCUGCGGCGGGGCCUGGACCCCAGGAUAUGCUUCCUUUUCCCUUCUCCCACUCGCUGUUCAAGGCAGCAGUUCCGGGAGCCCCGGUGAGGCACAGGGCAGGGCUUGCUUACCCAGACCUAUUCUUGAGAGCCCCCUAAAGGCACUCCAAGCACCUUUGCAUCUUUCAUGAGAGAUUUUAUUUCAGAUAUUCUCAGUGACUUUUACUUCUCGUGCUCUAAAACAUUGAUAGAUGUUAUGUAAAUAUUUGUAUUCAGGCUGGUGCCAGAUCACAUUAGCCAUUAAACAGAAAAAAAGAAAUGUGUCUGUUUGAUUUUAAAAAAAUCCUGUGUGAAAUGCCCCUGGCACAGAGGCAGCCUGGCAUGGUGGUCGAGGGUCUGGGUGGUGUAGCCCACCCAGAGCUCUGGUCUUGCUCUUCCUCUGUGAGCUCUAGAGCCUUCCCUAACCUCCCCGUGCCUCAGGUUCCUCAUCUGUAAAACUGGAACUUACAAUGGUCGUACCUACUUCCCAGGGUACUAACUCUGCUCCAGGCCAGCCCUCCGCAGCCAGCUUCCUCUCCAUGCCGCCUUGCCCCAGGCCUCCUUAGAACAGUUCUUGGCAGAGCUACCAUUCUUCCUGUCGCUGCUAAGGCUAUUAUUACCAUAAUUAAUUCUCACUUAGAUCAGUUAUUUAGCAGUGGACCAACGAGAAGUCACAGAGCAGGAAGGGGAAGCUCAUCUGGAGAGGAGGCCAGGUGUGGUGUGAGGGCCUUUGCAAAGACAGUGAAACAGAGGUGCGGCAUAUGAGCCAGGCGAACGAUGCGUCUCCCCUGGAGCCCGGUGCUGUGGGUCUCUCCACCACCUCGAAUGCAGUAGCUGAUCAUGAAAGCCGCUGGACAGCAGUCUCUAAACAGAAGGGAAAAUCGCAGAAGCAUGAAAGCUCCGGCGUGGAGGGCUGGCUACAGUCUAUGGGUGCAGCAUGAAUGUUCCAGGGAAGUUUAGGGCAGAGAAGGAGCAGAUUUUGCUAAAACUUUAAGGAGAAAGAGAUGUUCUGUGUAAGAGGGUGAUUUAAUCUCAUAACGUUUAUGAUUUUGUGUGUGAAUUGGCUGGAUUAGAAAAGCAAAUGAAUUAAUACCUAUGUUUUAUAUGUGAAAACUUGGAAUACAAUAAAUUUCAUUACUACAAUAGUCUCUACUGCCUGCUUUCCUGUUUUGUUACAUUCUGCUUUCCUGUUUUGUUACACAGGCUUUAAAGCACAUUAAAUAUAUUUUGUAUGAA